AUUCAGCAGAAGUAGUAUAGAUUUUGAAUACAAUAGUUUGGAUAUGUAAAAUGAUGAAAGUUUAAUUUUUAGUGAUAUUGAGAAGCAAAUUGAACCCAGAGAGGAUCAACUAUUAAACUGCCAUCUACAGGAACAUAACCAAGAAAAAUCUCCUAGCACACAAAAGAAGCGUAUCAAAAAAUGACUUUCUAAGGAUGCCAGCACCUUCCGUGAAUCACCUAAAACAUCAAUAUUAGUUACCCCUUACUCUCUACCAAAAUAAGAAGUAUCCAAGGAACAGAGUGAAGAAGAAAGAUCAAUAUCGUAACCAAGUGAUUGAAGAUCAGUAUGGAAUAUUCGAAUAUGACAAGGACCCUGAAGGCUACCUUAAAGCAAGGAAGCGGAUGCUCAACCGUAAAAGUGCGGUCAAGGCAAGAGUCAGGAAGAACACUAAACUUGAGAGUCUUACUGGGAAGAUACAAGUUCUGGAAUUGAAGGUUAAGGAUUUGGAAACGGAAAAUUUUGGAUUAAAGAAUAAGAAUUUGGAGUUAGAGAGGAGGAUGAAGGAGCUUCUUGAGGAAACUGAGGCAAUGAAGAAGGAAAAACAGGUGAGGAAGAGGUUCAAGAGUGGGGAAGAUGGAGUAGGAGUGGGUUUGGUUUGUGGUAAUAACUCCAGUACAAAUAAUCCUCUCACUUCUUCUCGUUGAUUCUCUGAUUCAUCUCUGAUGCAAGAGGAGCUUAGUGAGUUUCUGAGUUCUGAAGGAGACGAAUUUGGUGAAUUAAAAGUCAAGAGUUGGUUAAAUCAGUCUGAUGUUGUUGAUAAUGUGUUGGAGUCUUCUCAAGCUAAAAGAAUUAAAUCCUCAAAAGAAGAUAUGAAGGACGAAUCCAGCCCAGCAAUUUCAAAAUUAAAUUUUUAG